UUCAACAACAACAGCUAGUCAGAGACCUCGGUAGCUUUUUAGCAAAAAUAGUUACAACAUUCACGCUCUUUACACUGUUUUUGGUGUAUAUUAGUCGAAGCGUAUUAAACACACUUCUGUCGUAUGUACUUUUUGGCCCAUUUCAUUAUAUAUUUACGUUGUUUGUCAGCUAGCUGGUUUACUAAAUUAGCUUAGAACUAGGCUAGUCGGUAAUGCUAGAAGGCUAACAUCCCCGACCAUGAGUUCACUAAGCGACUCUCCUCCUGAUAAAGAAGAGCAGGUGUGCUGGACGGAGAAAGAAGCUCUCGUCAAAGAGGAGGAGGAGGAUGUUACAAUACAAAAACAAGUAGAGGGUGAGGCUGGUACAGUGAAAGAAGAAGAGAAAGACGUUUCAGUGAAAGAAGAGGAAGAUGCGUUCAGAGUGAAAGAGGAGGAGGAUGUUACAGUAAAAGAAGAGGAAGAUGCAGUUUUUGGAGUGGAGGAUGAAGUGAAAGAAGAUGAAGACGUUUUUGAAAUGAAGGAUGAAGAGGGGGAGACUACUGUCACAUUAGAGGAGGACGAAGAAAAGACUGGAGAACUGAUUAACACCAGAGAGAGACGGGACAAUCGUGGAUCCUCUGGGGAGCCUCAACAACAUCAUGAUGCUGACGAGGCAGAGAAGAGUCUCUCCAGAUCAGAACUCCUCAAGAAACACCAGCAUAAACCCACAGGGAAGAGAACUCACUGCUGCUCUGACUGUGGGAAAAGAUUCAACUCUUCAUCAAACCUUAAAAUACAUCAAAGAAUUCACACAGAAGAGAAAUCUUAUGGCUGUGAUCAAUGUGGGAAGAGUUUUACUCUGCUUCACACCCUGAAAUCACACCAGAGAUCACACACAGGAGUGAAAUCUUACAGCUGUGAUCAAUGUGGGAAGAGUUUUACUACAUCUAUCAAUCUAACUAUACAUCAGAGAACACACACAGGGGAGAAACCAUAUAGCUGUGAUCAAUGUGGGAAGAGUUUUACUACAUCUAGCUAUCUAACUAUACACCAGAGAACACACACAGGAGAGAAACUUUACAUCUGUGAUCAAUGUGGGAAGAGAUUUAUUCUGCUACAAACCCUGAAAUCACACCAGAGAAUACAUUCUGGAGAGAAACCUUUUGGCUGUGAUCAAUGUGGGAAGGGUUUUACUACAUCUAGCUGUCUAACUAUACACCAGAGAACACACACUGGAGAGAAACCUUAUAUCUGUGAUAAAUGUGGGAAGAGUUUUACUACAUCUAGCAAUUUAACUAUACACCAGAGAACACACACAGGGGAGAAACCAUAUAGCUGUGAUCAAUGUGGCAAGAGUUUUACUACAUCUAGCUAUCUAACUAUACACCAGAGAACACACACAGGAGAGAAACCUUACGCCUGUGAUCAAUGUGGGAAGAGAUUUAUUCUGCUACAAACUCUGAAAUCACACCAGAGAAUACAUUCUGGAGAGAAACCUUUUGGCUGUAAUCAAUGUGGGAAGAGUUUUUCUCACCCAAGUAGCCUGAUAGUACACCAGCGGGGACACACAGGAGAGAAAUCUUUUAGCUGUGAUCAGUGUGGGAAGAGUUUUUCUACAUCUUGCAAUCUAAGUAUUCACCUGAGAACACACACAGGAGAUAAAUCUUAUAGCUGUGAUCAAUGUGGGAAGAGAUACUCUGAUAAAAGAUCUCUGAUUAAACAUCGGAAAAUACAUACAUGAAGGAGUUGUUUCAUGAUAUCAAUGAAAUAAUGUCACAAUGCAGAAUGUUUUAACAUUGUAGUAGCAGUAUUUGAAUGAAUGUAAAAUGAACCCUAAACGUUUGCCCCCUGUUCAGUUGAUAUUAGCCUCAGCGGAAAAAUCAAGGCUCUGAAUUGAAAGAGUACUAUUUAUGUGAUUUAACAUAAAGGGACAAAAUAAAUUGUGUUACACUUACCACGUUGGUGACCCACUUGAAUCAAAACGCAACACUUCAACAUUUUUAGGUUUUCAAUAUAUCCCGACCUGUUUCUGCAUAUUGGUUAUUGAUUUGGACGUUGAAAAUAAGACUAUGCCCGACGUCCAAUAUAUGUUCGGUUGUUGUUGAAAGUUGAAAAGAUGUCUUUUUGGGUUGUUUUUUCAAUGACUUGAAAACAACAUAAUUUCAACAUACUUGCAGCAUAAACAAAUGGACGCAGUAUAAUACAUUGGUCUAUAAUCAAUUUUAUUAACAAUCCUACAUCACUCCAGUAUUUCUUUACAACAUUCAAAUGCUACGUGUCUUUAUUCCACUACUGAAGAAGCAUGUCUCAAAUCACCUCAUAUUUCAAACAUUCAGCCUGACAAAAGAUACAUGUUUUAUUAUUCCAUGCCUCACCAUUAAGUUAAUUAUUGCCAAAACACAUUAACAAAGGGGUGUACUUUUGGUUUUGAUAUUUCAUAUUUACAAUUCAUGUAACAUUUAGUAAUAAUUAUUUAUGCAAACAACUGACAAUUUUUGGGAACAAUUAUAUUGACAUUGUUAUCCUGCUUUUAGACUAUCAGGGUUCAUUCUCAGAUUCUCAGUGCCAAACCAAAUGUACUAGAGCAUGACAUUGGGGACUGGGCCCUGAUCCAACAACAUGCCUAUCGAGUGAACCCUGAAAAGAGAGAGAAGCUCCGCAGUGAGGUUGAAAGUUACUACAGGUAUUGCAGGAGUUUCCUCUUGAAAUCAGACAUGUCUUUGGUAAGGACAACUUGGUUGCUGAUUGUCUCAAGGGUGGGCAGUCAAAAAUAUUUGUGUUUUGCAUUUAUCCAGUGUGUUACCAUGGAUACCAAUUUAUUUUGACAUGUUUUUUCCGUGUUGGAGAUUAGUUUUAUCUCUUAUUCUUUUCUGCACUGUUGGUUAGAUGGCUCGUAAGUAAGCAUUUCACAUGUUGUAUUCCUGCAUUUCACUGUUAGGUUUACACCUGUUGUAUUCAGCGCAUGUGACUACAAUUUGAUUUGAGUUUUGUUUGGGCUCUUCCAAGGGGACGAGAGCUUCUAAAAACUAGUGAGUUUUAGGAAGAAAAGUGUUCUAGAAGCUUGUGGGUUCUAGAAGCUCGUGAAUUUUAGGACUUGAUAGAAAGAAAAUGGGGGAAAAAAUGAUACUAUUGUAUGUUAUUAUUUAGAAAUACAGUUUUUUUCUUGUUUUUAAUUGUUGACAGCAAGUUGUGUUUUGUUGUCCCAAAAAAAUAUAGGAUAUAUUUGUUGUCUUAAAGGGGAAGGUGUUACAGGCUUUGGUUUUUCCAUUUAUAUUUUCAGGUUGGACCUUUGCGCGUUGGAAAGGGGGGGAUACCUAGUCAGUUGUACAACUGCAUGCAUUCAACUGAAAUGUGUCUACGGUGCACGUCUAGCUUGUUAGCACGUAGGACGCACUGAUUGGUGUCACCUCGUUAGUCAGUAUGUGUUACACCUGUGCUGGCGUGUCCAUCUCGUUAUUGGGAAGGUGUUUCACCUGUGCUGAUCCAGGUUAUAUUUAAGAGUGUCUGGCCAGGUGCUUCAGUUGUCUUGAUAGAUGUGAGAGUCAACACAUUUUGUUGCUCCACUUUCUAUCUUUAAGUUUUGUGUGGGUUUUUCUUUUGUUUGCCUCUUCUUGGGCAGAUUUAGUGGGUCUCAUGGUGGGUGUAUUUUAGGUCCCAGUUGUUACUAAUCAACAUUCAGUGGAUACCCCCAUAGUGUCUUUCAGAACCCCUCUAAAAAACAAGCUUGUUUUUUGGGUUGGAUAUUGCAUCCUAUUAAUAUUUUAAUCAAUGGAAUUUCCUUAGGGUGCCCAUUAGUCUUUCAGUUAUUAGUCUUCUGUUUGUUGUGUACUAAAUAUGUAUUUAUUUUAAUUAUUUUAUUUGUUUUUUUUUCCUGUGAAGCCAUUGUGUUGCAUCCAUGUCUGAAAUGUGCUGUAUAAAUAAAGCUUGAUAUGAUGUCAACA